AUGGUCAUCCUAGGCGGUCUCGAACUCGUGGCGGCCGGCUAUCUCUUGAAAGAAGUCGCAAAGGACAGUAAAGAGGAAGAAGAACGAGAACAGGAGCGUCGCCGCCGCAGACGGAGACGGCACUCUCGAGAUGACCAUCACCAUAGCCAUAGCCAUAGCGGAGGCCGCCAUGACAACUCCCCUCCGAGUCGUCCUGGCCGUCCCUCUCAGAGCUCGUUAUAUCCUCCUCCCAACGGCCCGCCACGACCGUACAGUGCACCGCCGGCGCAGACCGGCAACCCUCCCUAUUCUGGCCCUCCUCCUCCGCAGCCUCAAGGUAUGAUGUGGCCGCCACAACAACAGCAGCAGCAGCAACGGCCGUAUCCGCACCCUCAAGGCCCUCCUCCGAACCCCGGAACCUGGCCUCUUGCACAACCGCAACAGUACCAGCAGCCUCAAUACCCUCCGUGGCCCGCGAAACCACCUCCGCAACAGAACAUACCCCAGCCCAACCCGAACAACAAUAACUUUGUUCCACCGCCCCUGCAACGUCCGGCGACAGUCAUGCUCCCUCCUCCAAACAUGCACUACGACAUGAAGACUGGCAAAUGGCAGAACAACAUGCUCCCACCGGAGAUGUUCGAAGGUCGAGACCGAGAGACAGACAGGGACUUGGACAGAAUCCACAGCCACGAACGCCUGCGACGGGAGAACACGAUGCCAGCUUCGACUCCACAUAUCAACGUCAGCCCGCCGGUUGGGCAUCACUCUACUUCUUCGCUCUCACUCCCACAGGGUGUCUCCGAGCUGGAUUCCGAGACGCCGGGGCGGUACAGACCCUACAACAGCAGCAACAACAACAACAACCAUGGGGGCGAGAAGAACUCGUACUCGUACGGUCCGCAGCGGAGUGAGAGGAGGAGACCGAGAGCACAUUCAGGAUCGUCGGCGACGACAAGGUAUUAUGACGAGGACGACGACGACAUGAGGGAUCCGCCUCCUGCGUAUCGAGAAUGA